AUGGUUAUGAACCAACCUGACAUCGUGGUGGUGGACAAAGGGCAGAGGACAGCCGUGGUGGUGGACAAAGGGCAGAGGACAGCCGUGGUGGUGGACAAAGGGCAGAGGACAGCCGUGGUGGUGGACAAAGGGCAGAGGACAGCCGUGGUGGUGGACAAAGGGCAGAGGACAGCCGUGGUGGUGGACAAAGGGCAGAGGACAGCCGUGGUGGUGGACAAAGGGCAGAGGACAGCCGUGGUGGUGGACAAAGGGCAGAGGACAGCCGUGGUGGUGGACAAAGGGCAGAGGACAGCUGUGGUGGUGGACAAAGGGCAGAGGACAGCUGUGGUGGUGGACAAAGGGCAGAGGACAGCCGUGGUGGUGGACAAAGGGCAGAGGACAGCCGUGGUGGUGGACAAAGGGCAGAGGACAGCCGUGGUGGUGGACAAAGGGCAGAGGACAGCCGUGGUGGUGGACAAAGGGCAGAGGACAGCCGUGGUGGUGGACAAAGGGCAGAGGACAGCCGUGGUGGUGGACAAAGGGCAGAGGACAGCCGUGGUGGUGGACAAAGGGCAGAGGACAGCCGUGGUGGUGGACAAAGGGCAGAGGACAGCCGUGGUGGUGGACGUGGCAAUUCCAAGCGAUGGUACCAUCACAGGUACCAUAACAAGUACCAUCACAGACACCAUCACAGACACCAUCACAGGCACCAUCACAGGUACCAUCACAGGUACCAUCCCAGACACCAUCACAGACACCAUCACAGGUACCAUCGCAGGCACCAUCACAGGUACCAUCACAGGUACCAUCACAGAAACCAUCACAGGCACCAUCACAGGUACCAUCACAGGUACGAUCGCAGACACCAUCACAGGCACCAUCACAGGCACCAUCACAGGCACCAUCACAGGUACCAUCACAGGCACCAUCACAGGUACCAUCACAGGCACCAUCACAGACACCAUCACAGGCACCAUCACAGGCACCAUCACAGGUAACAUCACAGACACCAUCACAGGUACCAUCACAGGUACCAUCACAGGUACCAUCACAGGCACCAUCACGGGUACCAUCACAGCCACCAUCACAGGUACCAUCACAGACACCAUCACAGACACCAUCACACAGGUACCAUCACAGGCAACAUCACAGGUACCAUCACAGACACCAUCACACAAGUACCAUCACAGGUACCAUCACAGACACCAUCACACAGGUACCAUCACAGGUACCAUCACAGGCACCAUCGCCGGUACCAUCGCAGGCACCAUCGCAGGUACCAUCACAGAUACCAUCACAGGUACCAUCACAGGUACCAUCGCAGGCACCAUCGCAGGUACCAUCAAAGGUACCAUCACAGGUACCAUCACAGACACCAUCACAGACACCAUCACACAGGUACCAUCACACAGGUACCAUCACACAGGUACCAUCGCAGGUACCAUCACAGACACCAUCACACAGGUACCAUCACAGGUACCAUCACACAGGUACCAUCACACAGGUACCAUCACAGACACCAUCACAGGCACCAUCGCAGGUACCAUCACAGACACCAUCACAGGUACCAUCACAGGUGCCAUCACAGGCACCAUCACAGGCACCAUCACAGGUACCAUCACAGACACCAUCACAGGCACCAUCACAGGUACCAUCACAGACACCAUCACACAGUUACCAUCACAGGUACCAUCACAGACACCAUCACAGGCACCAUCACAAGUACCAUCACAGGUACCAUCACAGACACCAUCACACAGGUACCAUCACAGACACCAUCACAGGCACCAUCACAGGUACCAUCACAGACACCAUCACACAGGUACCAUCACAGGUACCAUCACAGACACCAUCACAGGCACCAUCACAAGUACCAUCACAGGUACCAUCACAGACACCAUCACACAGGCACCAUCACAGGCACCAUCACAGUUACCAUCACAGGCCACAGGCACCAUCACAGGUACCAUCACAGGUACCAUCACAGGCACCAUCGCCGGUACCAUCGCAGGCACCAUCGCAGGUACCAUCACAGGUACCAUCACAGGUACCAUCACAGGUACCAUCGCAGGCACCAUCGCAGGUACCAUCAAAGGUACCAUCACAGGUACCAUCACAGGUACCAUCACAGGCACCAUCACAGGUACCAUCACAGGCACCAUCGCAGGCACCAUCGCAGGUACCAUCACAGGUACCAUCACAGACACCAUCACAGGCACCAUCACAGGCACCAUCGCAGGUACCAUCGCAGGUACCAUCACAGGUACCAUCACAGACACCAUCACAGGUACCAUCACAGACACCAUCACAGGUACCAUCACAGGCACCAUCACAGGUACCAUCACAGGCACCAUCGCAGGUACCAUCGCAGGUACCAUCACAGGUACCAUCACAGACACCAUCACAGGUACCAUCACAGACACCAUCACAGGAAGUGAACCAAGAGUGAACCAGGGAGUGAACCAGGGAGUGAACCAGGAAGUGAACCAGGAAGUGAACCAGGGAGUGAACCAGGGAGUGAACCAGGAAGUGAACCAGGGAGUGAACCAGGAAGUGAACCAGGGAGUGAACCUGGGAGUGAACCAGGGAGUGAACCAGGAAGAGAGGACCAGGAGAGGACCAGGACCUCUGCACCAGGAGAGGACCAGGGGAGGACCAGGACCUCUGCACCAGGAGAGGACCAGGAGAGGACCAGGACCUCUGCACCAGGAGAGGACCAGGGGAGGACCAGGACCUCUGCACCAGGAGAGGACCAGGAGAGGACCAGGACCUCUGCACCAGGAGAGCACCAGGAGAGGACCAGGAGAGGACCAGGAGAGGACCAGGACCUCUGCACCAGGAGAGGACCAGGGGAGGACCAGGACCUCUGCACCAGGAGAGGACCAGGACCUCUGCACCAGGAGAGGACCAGGGGAGGACCAGGACCUCUGCACCAGGAGAGGACCAGGAGAGGACCAGGACCUCUGCACCAGGAGAGGACCAGGGGAGGACCAGGACCUCUGCACCAGGAGAGGACCAGGAGAGGACCAGGACCUCUGCACCAGGAGAGAACCAGGAGAGGACCAGGACCUCUGCACCAGGAGAGAACCAGGACUGUUCUCCUUCAGUCCUUGUUCUCCUUCAGCCCUGGUCUCACCUCCUUCAGUCAUGUCUCACCUCCUCCUUACUCUCCCUCAGCCAUGUCUCACCUCCUCCUUGUUCUCCUUCAGUCAUGUCUCACCUCCUCCUUACUCUCCCUCAGUCAUGUCUCACCUCCUCCUUGUUCUCCUUCAGCCCUGGUCUCACCUCCUCCUUGUUCUCCUUCAGCCCUGGUCUCACCUCCUCCUUGUUCUCCUUCAACCAUGUCUCACCUCCUCCUUGUUCUCCUUCAGCCCUGGUCUCACCUCCUCCUUGUUCUCCUUCAGCCCUGGUCUCACCUCCUCCUUGUUCUCCUUCAACCAUGUCUCACCUCCUCCUUGUUCUCCUUCAGCCCUGGUCUCACCUCCUCCUUGUUCUCCUUCAGUCAUGUCUCACCUCCUCCUUCACCUCCUUCAGCCAUGUCUCACCUCCUCCUUCACCUCCUUCUUCACCUCCUUCAGGGCUCCUCUCAGGUCCAGACAGACUGUGUGUCUUGGUCCCAGCAGAGCAGACAACAUGGCGUCCGCCGAGAGUCGCACUCUCCUCAGCACCGGGCGAGAAGAUAGAGCAGGAAUUGGAGGAGAGGAGGAGGUGGAGGGAGAGGAGGUAGAGAGGAGGUGGAGGGAGAGGAGGUGGAGAGGAGGUGGAGGGAGAGGAGGAGAGGGAGGUGGAGGGAGAGGAGGUAGAGAGGAGGUGGAGGGAGAGGAGGUGGAGAGGAGGUGGAGGGAGAGGAGGUAG